CAAAAUUCCUCCAGUUACAAAAAUAAAUAAUCAAGGGAAUAGGAAAAAAAAGUUUACCAGGAAGAUUUUUUAUAAGCUCAUAUUCAGCAGCCUGCUUGCUCCGAAAACCCUAACCUAUUAAGAAAAAAUUCCUGGCUAACUCACAGCCAAAGCAACAGCGAAUAAGUCCCCAAAAUACUUGUCACCCAAUCCACUUCUCCCGAAUCCCUCUCCGUCAUUUUCUGUCGCAGUUCCCAGCAACCUUCAGCAGCAGCCAUGGCGGGUCCGAAUUUAGACUGCCGCAUGUACGAGUCCCGGUACCCGGAAGUAGACAUGGCGGUGAUGAUUCAGGUGAAGAACAUCGCCGACAUGGGUGCCUACGUCUCCUUGCUGGAGUACAACAACAUAGAAGGAAUGAUCUUGUUCUCCGAGCUCUCCCGCCGCCGGAUUCGUAGUGUCAGCAGCUUGAUUAAGGUCGGCCGUAUCGAGCCCGUGAUGGUGCUUAGGGUUGAUAAGGAGAAGGGAUACAUUGAUUUGAGUAAGAGGAGGGUUAGUGAAGAGGAUAUCCAGACGUGCGAGGAGAGGUACAACAAGAGUAAGCUUGUUCACUCCAUCAUGCGCCACGUUGCUGAAACUCUGGGACUUGAUUUGGAGGAGUUGUACAUCCACAUCGGCUGGCCUCUGUACCACAAGUAUGGUCAUGCUUUUGAGGCAUUCAAAAUCAUUGUGACCGACCCUGAUACGGUUCUUGGUUCCCUAACCCGUGAAGUCAAGGAAGUUGGCCCUGAUGGACAGGAGGUAACCAAAGUUGUGCCAGCUGUAACUGAGGAAGUGAAAGAUUCUCUGGUGAAGAACAUCAGGAGAAGAAUGACACCACAGCCUACGAAGAUAAGAGCAGACAUCGAAAUGAAAUGCUUUCAGUUUGAUGGUGUCCUUCACAUUAAGGAUGCAAUGCGGAAGGCAGAAGCUGCUGGUAACGAUGACUGCCCUGUGAAGAUUAAGCUGGUUGCUCCUCCACUUUAUGUUCUCACCACACAAACCCUUGACAAAGACCAAGGAAUAUCCAUCCUCACCAAGGCCAUCACAGCAUGCAGUGAAGCAAUAGAAGCGCAGAAAGGGAAGCUUAUUGUGAAGGAGGCACCAAGAGCGGUGAGCGAACGGGAUGACAAGUUGCUGGCCGAGCACAUGGCUAAGCUGCGUAACGAGAAUGAGGAGGUUAGCGGGGAUGAAGACAGCGAGGAGGAAGAAGAUACCGGUAUGGGAGAUGUGGAUGUAGAGAAUGCCGGUCCGGGCAUAACCGAGUAAAAGCUACACUAGUAGAGAAAACAAAAGUCGGUCUAUAGGGGGUUGUAGUUUUGGAUGUUCUUACAUUUGAUUUGAAGUUCGGGUUUCCUUGAGUUGAUUUUUGGCACCUGCUCCUUUGAGUUUCUCCGGCGGCUUGAAUAGUUGUACUAUUGUUUUUGUAUGGCCAAACUGCCCAAGUCUUUUUCCUUUUCCUGGCCUGAUUCCCAGUGUUUUUUAUACCGUAUGACUAACUACCAAUUUUAGAGGAGACCAAUUUUUUGAGAAAUGGGAGGAUGAGCUGUUAGCCAAUGUUGAAGUCACGAACUUCCUUGAAGGUUUGUUCGUCAUCUUAGUUUGUUGAAUUGUAUCCUCGAGCCCUCAAAUUGAAGUUUAUAGUCCUC